UGGUGGGUAGAUUAUGUAAUUUAUUUGAUUUGGUCUAUCUACUGUAGGUAUUCCAUAUUUAAUGCCCUAGAUUGGUAAUAUACAUUUCUACCCCUCUCAUUACUCUGUUACAUGGGCAGCCUCGCUAUUAAUAAACUGUAUAUGCCGACAGAACUCCUCCAAAAACAGAAGAUCACAAUUAAUCAUGUACACUCUCUCCCACUCACACAUCUCAAUCUCUUCUUCUUCUUCUUCUUCGCCCUCUCCCUUCCAACAAAAACCAGCUCUGGCAUGGCUCAACCAGCGCUCUAAACUACUAGGUUCCACCAUAACAGUAAGUACAUGCAUCAAAGCAUCACUGUCAUACUCCCUCUCCAACCCUCCCACUCCCAACAACGCCCUACUCCCUCCAGAAACCAAAACCGCCGAGAAGGUACAACCCAGAAGAUCAGCAAACUCAACCCCUCUCACACCUCUCAACUAUCUGGAACGAGCUGCCGUCGUCUACGGCGACUGCCCCGCCAUUAUCUACAACGACACUGUCCGCACCUGGUCGGAAACCUACACCAGAUGCCUGAAACUCGCGUCGUCCAUCGUCGCCCUGGGCGUCAAGCGGGACGACGUCGUCUCCGUGGUGGCCCCGAACGUCCCCGCGAUGUCGGAGCUCCACUUCGCAGUCCCAAUGGCCGGCGCCGUCCUCAACACGAUCAACCUCCGCCUGGACGCCAACGCCAUCUCCAAUCUUCUCCAGCACAGCGGCUCCAAGCUCAUCUUCGCGGACUGCCAGUCGGAGUCCCUCGUUCAUGAGGCCGUCUCUCUCUUCCCUCCGCAUUUGCACCGCCCCAUUCUAGUCCUCAUCGGCGAUGAUGCCUGCGAAAGCUGUUCCGUGGAUUGCUGCAUCGAUUACGAGAACAUGGUGGAGAGCGGCGACGCGGCGUUCCAGUGGCUCCGCCCCCACAGCGAGUGGGAUCCCAUCACCCUCAACUACACAUCCGGCACCACCUCCUCGCCCAAAGGGGUGCUGCACAGCCACCGCAGCGCAUUCAUGAUUUCGGUCGACUCGCUGCUCGACUGGUCCGUCCCCAAGCAGCCCGUCUACCUCUGGACGCUGCCCAUGUUCCACGCCAACGGCUGGAGCUACGCCUGGGGCAUGGCGGCGGUGGGCGGCGUCAACGUCUGCCUCCGCCGCGUCGAUGCGCCCUCCAUCUACCAGGCCAUCGACAAGUACGGAGUCACGCACAUGUGCGGCGCCCCGGUUGUGCUCAACAUGCUUACAAACCACCCCGGCGCCAAACCGCUGAAGACCCCCGUCAACAUUAUGACCGCCGGAGCGCCGCCUCCCGCGGCGGUUCUCGGGCGGGCCGAGAAGCUCGGCUUUGUGGUCAGCCACGGGUACGGGCUGACGGAAACCGGCGGACUGGUGGUGACUUGCGCGUGGAAGCAGGAGUGGAAUCAUCUAAGUGCAUCGGAGAGGGCGAAGCUGAAGGCUCGGCAAGGAGUGAGGACGGUGGCGUUCGGCGAGAUGGACGUGGUGGAUCCGGAAUCGGGGAAGAGCGUGGCUCGGGACGGGGCGACGAUGGGGGAGAUCGUGCUGCGCGGAGGGAGCGUGAUGCUGGGAUACCUGAAAGACCAAGAGGGGACGAAGAGGAGCAUGAGAGAGAACGGGUGGUUCUACACGGGAGACGUGGGAGUCAUGCACAGCGACGGCUACUUGGAGGUCAAGGACAGGUCCAAGGACGUGAUCAUCUGCGGCGGGGAGAAUCUCAGCAGCGUCGAGGUGGAGGCCGUGCUCUACACCCACCCGGCGGUCAACGAGGCCGCCGUCGUGGCUCGCCCCGACGCCUUCUGGGGGGAGACGCCCUGCGCUUUUAUCAGCUUCAAGGAGGGGGCGCCGGAGAAGCCCACCGAGAAGGAGAUUAGGGAAUUCUGCAAGGCCAGGCUGCCGCUCUAUAUGGUGCCCAGAACCGUCGUCUUCAAGCCCGAGCUGCCCAAGACUUCCACCGGCAAAGUUCAAAAGUUUCACCUUAGAAACCUGGCCAAAGAUUUGGGCAAGAUUUUUGUCUAAACAUAACCAUCAAACUGUUUCUAUUUUUUCUUUUUCUUUUGUGUAUCUUGUAUUUCAUAUUGUUAAAUGUUGACGCACGUCAAAUAUAAUAUUCGGAACUGCCUAUGAUAGCAAUGUUUUU